GGCACAAUGCUGGUAACUCGCUUCGAGCGUCGAGGCGAUAGCCAAGACCUCGACGAGGCCAUGACGCUACUCAGGGAAGCGCUCGAUUUGUUCCCAGUUGGUCACACAAAUCGGUCCACGGUGUUGGGUAACCUUGGGAAGGUGCUCUCUACCCGCUUCAAUCACCGAGGUAAUGACCAAGACUUGGAUCAGGCUAUCAUGCUUGACAAGGAUGCGCUGGCUUUGUGUCCAGUCGGUGACCCAGAUCGGCCCAUGUCAUUAAAUAACCUUGCGAGCGGGCUCUACACCCGCUUCCAGCACCGAGGCAACGACCAAGACUUGGAUGACGCUACCAUGCUUCACAGGGAUGCGCUGGCUUUGCGUCCAGUCGGUCACCCAGAUCGGUACAUGUCAUUCAUUAACCUUGCAAGUGUGCUCUCCACCCGCUUCAGGCACCGAGGCAAUGACCAAGACUUGGAUGACGCUAUCAUGCUUGACAGGGACGCGCUGGCUUUAUGUCCAGUCGGUCACCCAAAUCGGUCUUUAUCAUUAAGUAACCUUGCGAAUCAACUCUCCACCCGCUUCCAGCACCGAGGCAAUGAGCAAGACUUGGAUGAUGCUACAAUGCUUCACAGGGAUGCGCUGGCUUUGCGUCCAGUCGGUCACCCAGAUCGGUCCAUGUCAUUGAAUAACCUUGCAAAUGUGCUCUACACCCGCUUUAAGCACCGAGGCAAUGACCAAGACUUGGAUGACGCUACCAUGCUUCACAGGGAUGCGCUAGCUUUGUAUCCAGUCGGUCACCCAUAUCGGUACAUGUCAUUAAAUAACCUUGCGACUGUGCUCUCCACCCGCUUCCAGCACCGAGGCAAUGGCCAAGACUUGGAUGACGCUAUCAUGCUUAACGGGGAUGCGCUAGCUUUGUAUCCAGUCGGUCACCCAUAUCGGUCCAUGUCAUUAAGUAACCUUGCGGGUGUGCUCUCUACCCGCUUCGAGUACCGAGGCAAUGACCAAGACUUGGAUGACGCUAUCAUGCUUCACAGGAACGCGCUGGCUUUACAUCCAGUCGGUCACACAAAUCGGUCCUCGUCAUUAAAUAACCUUGCGACUGCGCUCUUCACCCGCUUCCAGCACCGAGGCAAUGACCAAGACUUGGAUGACGCUAUCAUGAUUCACAGUGACGCGCUGGCUUUACAUCCUGUCGGUCAUCCAGAUCGGUCCAAGUCAUUAAAUAACCUUGCGAUCGCGCUCUACACCCGCUUCAAGCACCGAGACAAUGACCAAAACCUCGACGAGGCCAUCACGCGUCUUAGGGACGCGCUGGCUUUAUGUCCAGUCGGUCACGCAGAUCGGUCCAAGUCAUUAAGUAACCUUGCGCUUAUGCUCUCCACCCGUUUCCAGCACCAAGGCAAUGACCAAGACUUAGAUGAAGCUAUCAUGCUUGACAGGGACGCGCUGGCUUUACGUCCAGUCGGUCACCCAGAUAGGUCCGGGUCAUUACAUAACCUUGCGAAUGUGCUCUCUACCCGCUUCGAGCACCGACGCAAUGUAGAAGACCUCCACGAGUCACGAGAGAAUCUCUGCUGUGCAUUGACUCUGUUGACGCAACAUCAUGAUCCUCGUCAAAUAGGGGCUCAUGAAUCGCUAGCUAAGGUUUAUCUGUCAUUCCAUCGAUCACAAUUUGACGGCACUGGUGAGGACACUGACGGUCUGAAUGUUGUCAUGCAUCAUCACAAGGCAGCAGCGAAUGUUGUCUCCGGAGGUUUGCGACUUCGCCUGCAAGCAAGUCUACUCUGGGUUCGCGAUGCCCAUCAAUAUUCACAUGAUACUCAACUGGAGGCUUAUGCGACUUCCAUGGAACUUCUGGACGCUUCCAUGUCCGCGACAGCUUCAGUAUCGUCUCGUCACAAUUCCAUGAAGGACUUCCCAAAUACGCUUGCCAUAGAUGCCGCAUCAUGUGCUCUUCGUAGCGGUGAUGUGUAUCGCGCUGUCGAGUUGUUGGAACAAGGUCGGACUGUCAUCUGGACCCAGAUGACACGACUCCGCACGUCUCUUGAUGGCCUCCUGGAACACGGCGAUCAUGCAGUGGCGCUGACGAAGAAAUUCAGACACCUUAGCUCCCUCCUUGAUAAAUCUCCUGCGAAUCAUCUGGAAGAGACCACAAGAGUCAAUGUAGAAGCCGAAGCAAGCCGGUACCGACGUCUAGUGGAGGACUGGAAUAGAGUUGUAGAAGAGAUUAGGAAGAUUGAAGGCUUCUCUCGCUUCCUACUUCCCCCCUUGUUCUCCGAUCUCCAAGACGCAGCUCGUGAUGGACCUAUUGUCGUGCUCGUUGCAAGCAAGUCGUCUUGCGAUGCCAUUAUCAUCCCGCACAAGCAACCUCCGAUCAGCAUCAAACUCCGUAUCAGUUUGGAGAAACUCCAACAUUUAGUGGUCAAACUCCAACGAGCAAGUCAACCACAGGCCGCUCCCAAACUCGCUCCCGAAACCACUCCAAAACCCGCUCCCAAAAACACCCACUCGGCCCUGAUGAAAGCUUUGACGGAGUUGUGGGAUGACAUUGUCCGCCCGGUGGUCGACAAUUUGGGCAGAUUUGCACCACCAGGUUCCCGGAUAUGGUGGUGCCCAACGGGUGCCUUCAAUUUCUUGCCGUUGCACGCUGCUGGCGAGUACAGGCAAGGUGGACAGUUGCUUUCGAAGCUCUAUAUCUCUUCAUGCACACCAUCGCUUACCGCCCUGAUCAAGGCUCGCAGAAGUCAUGACAGAUCCCUGUCAGUGCCCUUUGCUGCCAUCGGUCAGGAUCACCCAGCCGGUCAUUCAUUCACUUUGGAGUGCGUGGAGCCUGAACUAGAAUUGGUGCGGAGUCUUUUGCCCCCUCCUCCGGCUGUUUCCUUCACCAAGAUAACGAGCGUUGAUGCAACGAAAUCGAGAGCAUUGCGUGCAUUGCGAGACAAUACCUGGCUUCAUUUUUCGUGUCAUGGAACACAGAACUAUACAGAACCCUUCAAGUCGGCCUUUCUCAUGCGCGACCACCCGCUUUCACUCCUCGAUAUCUCACAAAUGGAUCUGUCUCAGCAUGAAUUUGCCUUUCUUUCUGCAUGUGAAACCGCAGUCGGUGACUUUCGUACUCCUGACGAAGUCAUACACCUGGCGGCUAGUCUACAAUUCGCUGGGGUACAGAGUGUAGUUGGGACAUUAUGGGAGGUCAGUGAUAGUACGGUGCAGCGCUUAGUCGAGGCAUUCUACAAGAACUUGUGUGGGGAUGGCAAGAUGAAUUCCAAGCGGGCUGCCCGUGCGCUGCACCGAGCGGUCCAGUCGUUGGCUAGUGACAAGGACAUGCCAUUGGAGCAGCGCAUAGUGUUCAUGCAUAUUGGCAUAUGA